AUAGUCUACGUGACAGUGGCGAAAUUAACUGUACUCCACUGGCAGUCGCACAAUAUUUUUAAUUUGUUACGAGUGUAAACCAAACGUGUACUACUUGUGUAUAUUUAUUUAUGUCAAAUCAAAUCAAAACAACUCAAAAUAUCUUUAUUUAAAUAGGCUUCCAAAGCACUUUUGAAUCAUCAUUUUACAAAUUGAAAUUUUAAGUGAUUAUUAUUAUGUGAAUAUUUUAAUCUCACUAAUGAAUUAAUUUUGCAAGUAUGCCGAAAACUGAUGCUGAAAGGAGUCGUGAAUAUCGGCUGAGAAAAAAAGAAAAUGAUGCUAUAAAUAAGAUUAAAAAACCCCCCAAAAGUUCAACGGAACGCGUACGUGAUUUUCGUGCUCGUCAAAUGAAAAUAUUAGAUAAACAAAACGAAAAUAAUAGUUAUAACGUGAAUAAUAAUGUGGCCGGUGAACCCAACAGUGAUAAAGGUAGACUCUUCCUGCACGUGAAGCACGAUAAUGGCAGCGACUACGAUGACAACACUGGUAUGGUUCUUUUUGAUAAAUUUGUGUGGUUUUCAUUUUAA